AUGCAUUGUGGGCCUCCCGACAUGGUCUGCGAGACGAAGAUCGUGGCCGCCGAGGACCAUGAGGCGCUGCCGGGGGCCAAGAAGGACGCGCUGCUCGCCGCCGCCGGCGCCAUGUGGCCCCCGCUGCCCGCAGCUCCUGGCACCCAGAGGCUGGCCCAGGGAGGGCUCUUGGCUGGGGCGGGGCCCCCACUUCCCAAGGGCUCUGCGCCACUGACCACUCACUGGGCGCCACCUCUCCCCGCAGCUCUCUGUUUUGCCCUGACCCGCUCGCUGCUGCUGACGUGCCUGGUGCCAGCAGGGCUGCUGGGCCUGCGCUAUUACUACAGCCGGAAGGUGGUCCUCGCCUACCUGGACUGCGCGCUACACACAGACAUGGCCGACAUUGAGCAGUAUUACAUGAAGCCCCCUGGCUCCUGCUUCUGGGUGGCCGUGUUGGAUGGCAACGUGGUGGGCAUCGUGGCGGCGCGGGCCCACGCGGCGGACAACACGGUGGAGCUGCUGCGCAUGUCGGUGGACUCACGCUUCCGCGGCAAGGGCAUCGCCAAGGCGCUGGGCCGUAAGGUGCUGGAGUUCGCUCUGGUGCACAACUACUCUGCGGUAGUGUUAGGCACGACAGCCGUCAAGGUGGCCGCCCACAAGCUCUACGAGUCGCUGGGCUUCAGGCACAUGGGCUCGAGUGACCGCUACGUGAUGCCGGGCAUGACCCUCUCGCUGGCCGAGCGCCUCUUCUUCCAGGUCCGCUACCACCGCUACCGCCUGCAGCUGCGCGAGGAGUGACCGCCACCCACCUGCCCGCCGCCCCGCCCGCCGCUCCGUCCGCCUGCGCCCUCCUGCCCGCCGCCCGGGCCGCUUUCGGACGCUC